AUGGCGCAGAGGGAGCAGCAAUCAGCGGCCUCAGACGGAACGCGCAGUCGCAAGGGAUGUCUCACCUGCAGAAUUCGCAAGAAGAAGUGCGAUGAGGAGCUACCCGCAUGCAGUGCCUGCAGGUCAAGAGACCUGGCAUGCUACGGGUUCAACAUGCCGCUACCGCCUUGGAUCACCAACAAGGCCUCAUGGAAAGAUGUCCUAGAGUCCAAUGAAGCGAGAGCUCUACGGACUGUCGCGGAGCUGCGGUACAGGGUCUCGAGAAAGCUGGGUUCCAGAGUCACAGCUUCUGGCACGGCUGGACUCUUGCCAUCGGACUCAGGGAGCAACAACCUCCAGCAUGGGUCUCAUCACUUCCCAAGAGCCUAUGGGACUUUAUCGGGCGCAUUCCAUUGCGAUAUCUUCUCAACCCCGUCUAUUAUUCUGUUGACAAAUGGUGUCAAUAUUUGGCAGCGACAACCCGAUACCAUAUGGUGGGACAGCAGGAUGCAAAGUCUACAGCCCGGACCUGAAAGUUCUUCACGAGAAGAAACAAGAUUGCUCAUGUUGUUUCUCGAUGUCAUACAUCCAAUCACGCAUACAUUCUGUAGGUUGGAAAGCAGCAGUGAACGCAACUGGAUGCUCAAUCGGCUCAUCAACCGAGACGGCUUAUUUAGCUCAGCUCUCAGCGUCAGCGCCUGCUUCGAGCACUCGUUGACUCAAAAGGCUAGUGUUGAUGAGAUUGGGCUGUCGCCAAAAGUGAGUAGGUUACAGAGCCGGUCUAUUUCGAUGCUUCGGAAAGAGGUCGAGCGCUUUUCCCUCAUGGCGCCGUUGCCAGUGGAAGAUUUCGUCUGGGCUGGGAUCCACCUUGUUGAUAUUAUCGCCCAUUUGGAGACGCUCGAGAUUUUCAGUAUGCUUCAGGGCCAGUGGGAGAUCCAUCACCAGGCUGCGAGAAAAGUACUAGAUCAUAUUGAGACUUCUGUUCCACUUGAGAACCGUGAGUCAACAUCUGCGAUAGCAGACGUACUGUCCAACUUGCCUGAAGGAGAUGUACGACGACUAUCUCUGCAACUUUCCAUCUUUAAUUUUAUUUGGAUCGAUGUUCUGGCCACCUCUACUUUUGGUGCGAUGUCAUACUGCCCUUGCGCCUUCGACUAUCUACCCCUUCUAGAUUCUGGUACAAUCAGGUCACAGGACUUUAUGGGUUGUCAAAGCCAAGUCUUUGCCAUUGUCACCAGAAUUGCAAGACUUGAGCAACUCCAGCUGAUGCAUCAAGACUUUGCAAGACCGGAACUACAACGGCAACACAGAGGACUUGAACAAAAACUCGAUUAUGUCUGCCGGAUUCUUCAAGAAGAUAUUGAGAGCAUGGCCGGUGAAACUUCAACUCUACAUCUCGACGCUGCAAAGAUUAGUCUCAUAUGGGCGUAUGGUGCCAGAGUCCUGUUGCAAGUUGUAAUUGCUCCGAUUAUGCCUGAGCAAAGUAGUAUCGACCAAACCUUCGUCAACAGGUGCCUUGAGGAGAUGGAAGCUCUCCCUACACGUCUUGUGAUGCGGUCAGCUUGGCCGUAUACUAUCGCCGGUUGUAUGGCCAUGAGCGAGUCACAACAUCACCGGUUUCGUCAAAUCCUCAAUCAGGUGCUGCAAGAAGCGCAGGCCCCUGGCAUAACAUGGAAAGGCCUUAUUGUCAUGGAGGAGUGUUGGAGACUUCGAAGAAUGCACCCUGAUCAAGUCUUUGGGUGGAGAGAAGCCAUGGAGAGUCUUGGUGCCAGGGUGAUUUUGACAUAG